UUCAUUUUCAUAAGUACUGUGACAUCUGAAACGUAUACAAAUUAUGUUAAUUGGACGGUUGCACUAAUAUUUAUGUGGCAUUCGACACUGACUUUGGCCCUGUUGCCGAUGGCGUCGUCACAUUUGGGUGAACAGAGAACAAAGGUGUUGAAACUUUUUGUUGAAAAUGGAAUUCGCACUUUUGCCCCGAAACUGCAGCUAAAGCUUCAAGGAUUUCUUCACAUUACGAAAACAGAGUUGUUUAUCAAUCCUGGAAACUAUUUUGUUCUUAACAAGAAUUAUUUUAUAUCGGUUCUUGGAUUUCUGUCAACCUAUGUUCUGGUUCUUGUUCAGUUUAAAGCUUCAGAGAAGCCACCAGUUUAAUUUAAUAUAUAUAUUUAAAUCAUAAACGAAUAAAUGAUCAUUCACUGAUUGAUUUAUUAUUUCGAAUGGUA